GGCCUGGCUUUGUCGUCGUCUUGGGCUACUGUAUUCGUUGUGUCUAACCAGAUCCUCUCCAUUGCUACAGAUUAGAUUCUUUUUAAUUGUUAAAGAAGAAUAGAACAACCAUGCAGCUUCCCGCCUCUCUCUUGUUGGUGGCACAGCUCAUUUGGACUGCGUCCUCAUCACCGGAUAGUUUGCUCGGCAAGAAAAGUAGUAGUGGUGGAAUCAAAAAGGCAAAGGAGGCGAAAAAAGCAUCCCAAGGGCUCCACAAAAAGUUUGUGGCCCCUGGAAAGUCUGUGAAGCAGGCUAGCGUUGGGGGGCAACCCAAGGUUGUUGGUGAUCUUAUCUUGGGAGAACCCAUAACAUUGCCUUCUCCCAUGUUUGAGGGUGAAGAAAUCACCUACAGGGUCCCUGCCCCCGAAGAAGACACGGCUCUCACCUGUAUUACCACAGGCCCCGAAGGUUCUGGCGAUGCAGACCUUUUGACCGAGUAUGAAGAUACUCUUGAUGCCGAAUGUUUUUCAGUCGGUGCUGAUUCGAAUGAAGAGUGCUUUACACUCUUCCAACCAGGAGAAGCUCUUUUGGUGACUGUUAAUGCGUUUCUCGAAAGCUCUGAUGUGGUGCUUUUGUGCACUGCACGCCCCGCCGUUGAGCUGACUCUGGGAGAGGAUAUCACUCUCACCUUUGACGGGAGAGAACUCAUUGGAUUAUCUUAUUCUCCUCAAGAUCUUGAGAGCGUCCAAUGCACAACUACUGUUCCAGAUACUGGUGGUGUCGAAGGUGACCUUGAAUUGAGCAUGUACAACCUACUUGAGGUUCGUGGUGAUGAGAUUGGCGAGUGCGAUUCAGCAGCAGAUGGAUCCGAUGAAUCAUGCAGGACCAUUACUGAUGCCCCGGCCACUCUUUACAUUGGGAUUUAUCCCUACUCUGAUGAAAAUAAGACGGCAAUAGAAGGGGAUCUCAUCCUGCGAUGUGAUUCGAGUCCUGUUGAAGACGUGGUUUUGGGGGUUAUCGGGCCCAACAUGACUAUUGCGGAGGGAGAGACUGCAUACUUAAAAAUUGAAGUGGAAGGACCCUCAAGGGCCUAUUGCGUUGUAAGCGCCGCAGUGGACACUGAGGACAAAGACCUUGAUCUUGUCAUGUACAGCCUUUCCGAUCUGGGCAACCUCUGUUUUUCAACCGGGCCUGACUCUGAUGAAGAGUGCUACGUGAUUGUCAAUGAAACCUCAACCAUUAUUGUUGAGGUCAACAAUUUCCGUUUGAGUGCUGUUGAUGAUUUCCGCCUAAGGUGCUGGGCUGGUCCUGUUGUGGAGCUCGAGCUCGGAGAACCCGUACCAUUGGUGAUGGAUAUAGGUGACAUGUACACAUUCGACUUAUCCAGUUUUGAGACACCGGCGGAAGUUGUCUGUGAGGUCACAAAACCAGAGGCAUUUGAAAAUGAUGCGUCUCUGGUCAUUGGGUUGGUGUUUGAAGAUGAACUGAUGGACCAAAGGGGAAUUCAAAUUCUUGCGACUGGACCCUUUCCUAUGGGCAUGUUUUAUAACGACUCUUUCUUCUUUGAAGUCCUUGCAGUAAGCGACCCACCCCAGGAUGAUGUUGCUUUUAUAUGCACAGCUACAAUGGUGGCUCCAGCACCCCUGGCGCUAGGCAUCCCUACACCCUUGGCAGUUGAAGCUGGUGAUGUUCUGUUCUUUGAGUUUGAAGUAGCCGAUGAACUCAGUGAUGUUUUCUGUGAGACUGUUGUGAUUGAGGGGGGUGAGACUGAUGUUGACCUGGCCAUGACUCCAAUUGUGCUAAACUACACCAAAGUCAUCAGUCAGGCAGAUAUCUUCUCAAACAACACCCUCAUCUGGCCAUGGGCAUAUGCAGGCACAACAUUCCAAGUGGCCCUGCAGGAAUGGGUCAGCUCCAAAGAUAUCGAUCUUCUGUGUGACACAGUUCCUUUGGAUCAACUGGAGCUUGAUGUUCCUGUUACACUUUCUUCUGAAGACUUGACUGGACCCAGGAUGCCAUUCUUUCUUCUUGAUGCAUCCUUUGAAGCUGAUUUUGUGGGCGAAGGCAAGGUGUUCUAUUUGACGGAUGUGGCUGGCAUGGACUUGAACUGUUCCCUAGAGGCUGCUAGUAAUGUGGAAUUGGAUUUGGUGGUUUCUGAAGUUGCUGCAGAUGGAAGUCGCUCUACCAGCUGCAGAUCCAGCUCUCUUUACAAUUUUGGUUGCCUUGCAUUUAUCGACAAUACAACCGAGUAUGUUUUUGCUGAGAUUAUUGCCAGAAACAUCACUGGCCCUGAUGACGAAAUGACGCUGAGCUGCUCUGAGGCUGUCUUUUUUGAUUUUGAGUUUGGCACUGAUGAUUUGAUUGGGUUACCGAUACUCGACGAUGAUUUAACUAUCGACACUUCUCCACCGGUUGACACUUCUCCACCUGUCGACACUGAUGUCAGUUUUGAUGAAAGUAUGUUGCCAGGCGAAGAUAGUGAAGAUGGGCCAGCUGUCAUUGUCGACCGUACUGGAGCCUCCCCACCUGGAAGGAGAUUGGGCAAGACUUCCACGAAGAAGGCUACUAGAAAGUGA